AGGAUUAUUAUUACAUUUCAUAGUAGAAAGAAAAUGAGUUUUGUGACAUGGAAAGUAUAUAUUGUUGAAGAGUUAGAGUUAGUUGGCUGUUUAACUUAUGAAUGGAGAACUAACAGUGUUUACCAAUGAAGUAAGACAUACAUUAGGUUACACGUAUAUCUCAUUUUUACGGAUCCUGAAAUGAGAUAAGAAGGACUUUAUAAGAAUUUUGCAUUAAUCAGAGAAAAAAUCUCUGAUUAAUGAAUGACCAGGACCAAGAAACCUAAAGUUGCCAUGACAAACUGGUCCAGGCAGGCAGAUGGGCAGAUGCUGCAGAUGAAUAGUACUUUAUGACAAAUAGGAGUUCAAGACUACUGUUGAGUUUUUCAGCAGAAACAUACUGAAGAGGAGUCGGAUCACAUGCUCCCCAAGAGCUACUACGCGUGCAUUCCCGGAGGGCUCCACCUUUCCCAAAAAGGGAAAACUGGGAGCCAGCAUGUUCCCCAGGCUGUGGACAGUCUCUGAUCCAAUUCUGUUCCAAGUUAUUCUGGUAGCUGCUCUGUUGGCUCCUGCUCUUGGUGACUGUGGUCCUCCACCCACUCUUCCUUUUGCGUCCCCAGCCAUGCAGUCAUAUGGGACAAACUUCACAACUGGAAUUGCUCUGAGAUACAACUGCCACCGCGGCUACUGGAGAGUCAACUCAAGCUACGUUAUUUGCGAUAUUAAUGGAUCAUGGAUCUACAAUGUCUUUUGUGCCAACAGGCGAUGCAGACACCCAGGAGAGUUAGCCAAUGGGAAAGUAGAAAUUAUAACUGAUCUGCUCUUUGGUUCAACCAUAGAAUUCAGCUGCUCAAAGGGAUACAGCCUCGUUGGUUCAGCAACUAGUCAGUGUGAGAGCCAGGGUAAAGCAGUUGACUGGAGCUAUCCUCUCCCAUAAUGCAUGAUUGUCAAAUGUGAGUCCCCUCCAGACAUCAGCAAUGGGAAACACAGUGGUGGAGAUGAAGACCUCUACACAUAUGGCUCCUCGGUCACCUACAGCUGUGACCCCAACUACUCCCUUGUAGGCAACGCCUCCAUUUCCUGUGUGGUGGUGAAUAAAACAGUAGGUGUCUGGAGCCCAAGCCCUCCUACCUGUGAAAAAAUCAUCUGUCAUCACCCACAUAUUCCAAAGGGAACAGUUCUUUCUGGAUUUGGACUCUUCUACCCUUACCAAGACACUCUCGUGAUUAGCUUCAACAAAGGUUACAUCCUCAGGGGCAGCAGUGUGAUCCACUGUGAAGCUAACAGCAAGUGGUACCCUUCUGUUCCCACCUGUGAGCCCAAUGGUUGUCGUGUCUUACCAGACGUCCCCUAUGUUUCCUGGGAGAGAAGUCCGUUUACCAUAAGGAAUCAAGAAGCAUUUGUGAUUGGGACACAGGUGAAAUAUCAGUGCAAGCCUGGCUAUCGACCAGCUCCGCAUGAGCCUCAGGCUGCCAUCUGUCAGGAAAAUUUGACAUGGGCAGUUUCCAAAGGGUGUGAAAGGAUUCUACAGUGGUUCAACUCCAAUGACAACCAUGAUUGAUAAGAAAAUAACAGUUCCCUGGCCAUAUUACAAAUUCCAAGGUGCUUGAUAUAUGUGAGAAGAUUAUUAAAUUAAAUCUACUACUCUAAUUAUAAUACUGGUAUAACUGAUCUUCUGGGUGUUCAACAACUGAGGUUUAAGAGACCAGAGCUGAAAAGGUACAUUGGUCAAGAGGACAGUCAAUAUUUUGGCCCUGGCCCUCCAAAGUCAACAAGCACCCUAAACAUAAGAGGAUUUCUUCUACAUGAUCCUAUAACCUUGGUGAGUCACCUAAUCUCCUGAACGGGAAGAUUGUUAGACCCCAUAGGACAGGUGUCAACCAAUUUA